UCAAGUGAGUUGAAGCAUUCGCAAAAAAAGAGAAUGAAAAAAACACUUUAAAUUGCGCAGCAUACAACUUAAUUGUGACUAACAUUAAAAUUGUUUAUAAACUUGAAACAUGCGAUAAAAAUAAUCAAAUAGUUCACAGAUCCAUAUAUAUCUAAUCUGUUGUCAAACAAACUGCAGUUUCCGUUUGACACCCACAUAGAAGCCGAGGCGCUUGAUUCGAUCCUUUCAGCUCUGUGCACUUUACAGUAUUGUUCAACUUGAUAUAAAAAUUAAAAAAAAAUUCCCACUGGCCCAAUGUGCAUUUAAAGCAAGAACGCAACAUAAAAAUUCUAAUUGGAAUAUUCGGUAUUGAAAACUGAUAAGAAAAAGGUCGGCAAUGGCUCCAUUUAAGCUCAAGUUUCGCAUGGGCAGCUCACGCAGCACAAGCACAUCGCAGGAGCAUGAUCCAGAUCCGACGGUGAAUGAGGCACUAUUAGGCACACAGCAGCAGGAACAGGAACAUCAUCAACAGCAACAACAGCAGCAACAACAGCAACAACAACAGCAGCAGGCUGUUGGUGCGAGCAGUUCCACAAUUGAUUCAGUGGAUUGCAACAGCCUUGGUUCAAUGAGCGAACGGAAGCUGUUGUUGCCUUCAAAUUCAAAUAAAGCUGUCAAUAAUACCAACAGUUUGCGUAUGGGCUAUGUCAACCCGAGUCGCACACCGUGCAUCAGCGCAACAGCAACGGCAGCGGAUAGCAACAACGUGCCUACCACCCCGCCGCCCACUUAUGAGUAUGUCCUAGAGGAGAACACACGGCUCUCGCAGCACCAGCGGCAGUUGUCGUCGGACAACAGUGCCACGCCCAAUCAAAACAGUCGACGCAGCUCGGCGAACAGCUCAAGACAGAGCGCUGCUCAGUUGAGCGCCGCCCUGGAGCAGCUGACCCUAAAUGACAGCAGCAACAAUAGCAACUGCAAUAGCGACAGCGACAGCAACGACAUUUGCAACGAUCCAGAUUGCCAGCAGAACUACAACAACGGCGGCAAUUGUGGCAACAACAGCCGCAACAACAACAACAAUAGCAACCAACAUAACAACAAUAACAACAACAACAACGAGUGCGAAGAACUGGAUCAACUGGAACAGCAGGCCCAUUCGCCGCGCAUCAUUGAGGGCGUCACCGAGCUGGAGCUGGAGAACAGCGAAGAGUGCACGCUGAGCGUCAACGAGUUUCUAUUGGAAACCGAAAUGGCAGCGGCGCGCGCCAACAAGGAUAAUCUCUAUGCCGCCUGCAGCGAUGUCAGCAAUGGACAACAGCAGCAGCAGCAGUCGUGCACAGAUGCCGAUUGCACAGAGUGCAGCGAGCAGGCGGCUGCCUGCGGACACAUCGGCCUAGAAUCUGAGGAGGAUGGCGAGGAGCCGAGCACCAGCAAUGCGGCACGUCACAAUUUCUAUGAUCCGCUGCUGAACCGCUAUGGCAACGAGCCUGGUUGCUCAAAUGGCGCUGUGUCGGGCAACAAUACACAAUCCUGCAACGAGGCCUGCUGUGCACCGGGCUCGGGCUCCGGUUCGGUUGCCUCUCGAAGUCGUCGCGGACGCCGACAGCAGCAACAGCAACAACAGCAGCAGCAGCAUGAGCAGAACUGUCUGCUAACGCCGGAGAUGAUGAGCAACAAGACCUCCAAGGAGAUCUACAAGGAUCUGGCCAAGCAAUGGGGCAUCACAUGCAAAAUGUCUGAGAGCUGUCGCUGCAUGGACUGUCAAAGUCAUUAUUUCGAUUGCGAUUACGAUGAUAACGAACAUCAGAAAACCGAUGGAGGCUUGGGCGCUGGCACGCCCAUGUUUAUUAGCGAGGUGAUGCAUGGAUCUGGCUGUCAGAUAUUGUAAAGGAGAGAGUUUUUUGUUUUCUAAUGCCGUAAGAAAAGAUUGCUGAACCAAAAACAAAAAUGUUAAAUGUAAAUGCAAAUUGUUUUUUCAAGACGAAGCCAAAUGAGAGAUAAAGUAGGCGCAGCAACAAUGAGAUGUUUGGCAUAAAACCAACUCAAUUCGAUGUUAAUUUGCACAAAGCGAAGUAGGAGAUUAAAACGUUGCACUGCUUAGGCUGAAAUAUUCAAUUAAACAAUUAUUUGUAGCCACAAAUGUUGGGCUCUAAAAAUUAGAAAACUAACGCGUAAGACGAUGACAUCUAAAUUCAAAAGAAAAACACAUAUAUUUUUGUUU